GCUACCGGCUGGGAGUUAGCACAGGGGCUAAAUAGCUACUCCGUAUGACACCAAUUUCUUAUAUAAUCCUAUGCAUUGCUGUGUGGACAAUCAAAGGAGAAAAAUGCACAGAUAAGGAUUUUAACGUUGAUUUACGAGUAUCCGAACAUGGAUCAAUGGAAUCUUUCUACUCGAUCGCAAAUGGAAUUUGUGACGGGAUACAGUCAAAGCUGUCGGAGGCGGCAGUUACCGAUCUUCAUAAUACUCUCAAGGAAGAAGACUUGAAAGAUGCUUCUUCAACAAUUAUUGACAGGUUGGCCAAGAAUCAGAUAGGAUCUAUAGUUUUCUGCUUGGUUGGCAUCGUGAUCGGCGUUUGUUCGCUGGGGUUUGGUAUCACCAUUUUGUGCAUGCGAUGUUUGUGUAACCAUCGCAGAAAUGCUUAUGCUUCGGAGUAUGCCGACGAUGUACUAUCAGUCUUUACUCAAUUACUGCUGCUUAUUUUUUUAAUGGUUGCGUUCUCUCUUUUGAUUGCUGGUGUAGUGCUCAAUAAUAAGAGUUCAUCAGGCCUGUUCUCCUCGACGGAAACUUCACAAGGGACACUCAAAUUGAUAAUGGGUGAUGCACUCGAGUUAUACAAUAAUGCCACAGCAACCUUGAUAUGUACCUUCGAUGAGGUUGUUGACAAAACUUUGAAUGAGGUGGAAGAAAAUGUAAAAACAGCUCCAGAACUUUUGGUGGAUGAUUUCAAAAACAUGACUGAGAUUUCUCGUCUAGAUCAAAUGGAUACAAAUGCGACCCAGCAAGAGGUUAAUUCGUGCCGUACUCAGUGCACAAGCAUAAAUGGGACAAUUCAAGGGGUGUUGCAAAAAUCUCCCGAAAGAAGCUGCGAGCUGAAGUUGAAGGGAACAAAAAAGAUUAUCGAUGUUCUCUAUGAGCAACUUGAAAUUAUUGAGAAAGUACUGAGCUUCAAAAACACCACCGACUCGACAACCGAACAGAUCUAUGAGACGCUAAAUGACACUACAGAAAGCUAUGUCGGCUCGUCUAUCGAACAAGUACGUAGUAGGUGGAACGACGUAAGAACAACAGUCGAAGACUCUAAGGAAGUUUCCAACACUUUGGAAGAUUUUGAAAAGAAGAUCGACAAUAUACUAGACGAUGUAUUCUCGUCAAAAAUCUACAAGUCAAUCAAACAAGGAUUUUCAUGGAUUGUUACAAUCCCUGGAAUCAUUACAUUGUUGCUUGCUUUGGUCGCAUCCAUGCCGCUAAUUCUAUACAUGUGCUUUCCUCAAGCUAGAUACACGGCAGUUGUGCACUUCUUAUUUCAAUUCUCUUUGUAUGGCUUUUACGCCAUUACCAUAUUCGCCUGCCUUGUGAUCAUCCUAAGCAGUGUCGAGUAUUUGUUUGUAUCAAUGACAUCAACUGGCUGCAAAACACUGUUCCAAGACUCGAGCUACUCCUCCUUGACUUCUUUGCAGAAGGAGGUACAACUUGUUGAAGGCUAUCAUCUCAAUCUUUCGUUGAGGGAUACUUUGACAAGCAGCAAAAAGGACGUCACAUUGUGGAAAGCAAUUAAAGCCGAUUCUGUUUUUGACACAGACACCGUACUGGACAUAGUCAAUCUCGAAUCGAUAAAAAAUUCUACGCUUGAAAUGAUCGACGAUGUCAGACAAGAAGUUUUCAAAUUUCAGGAAGAUAUCAGACCAAACAAGGAUGAUGCUUUCAAAAUCAUGAAUGAAAUGGAGGCAUUGUUAAGAAACCUGACUCAGUUCUACACAUUGAGUGAAUGCUCGAACAGAUUCCCCAAUGAGACAAAAAAGAUCGAACAAGGCGUGGCAUCGAUAAAUUCAUCUAUGCACUUCUUCCAAAAAGACAUGCGCGUUGUUGGAAGCGUGCUAGAAACAGUGAUUAACAUCGAUAACAAUACACUCGAUGAAAAAUUGGAAACAACACAUUCGAAUGUUCUCAAUCUUGUUGAACAACCAGUACGACGGGGAAUUGAAAGUGUUUUAAACGAUUUGUCUUCGAAGUUAUUGCCAGCUCGUGCCGUUUACAAUCUCUAUCAAAAUUUUGGAUCACUGUUUUGCAGUGAUAUCGCCAAACCAGCUCAUGGAGUAUGGGCAUCAUCGGGUCUAUGCGGUCUUUCGAUACUCUUUGCAGCUAUCAUCAUCCUACUGAUCACUCGCAUGGACGAUUACUGAGACGGAAAAUUACAGCAGUAGAAUGAAUAUCUUGUUUAUAU